UGGCGGCGUCCGGCGUGCAUACAUACAAGGCAUGAGUUUCUAUUGACUUGUUUGAAAAGGGUUUUGAGUGGGUGUAAGGUGUACUCAUCCAGAAUAUUUUAGGACAACUGCAAAGUACUGAAGCAAUUUAAGCUACUCGCUGACAUCUAACACGUGCAAGAGUAGGACAUCAACAACAGGUAGCCAUCCGAGGUGCUGUGAUGUCCCCGGUCUCCCGUAGACUUGGCCAACCGCACUGUCGGAGGAAACACUACCCUAGUAGCACUUACCACACCAAAGUCUGACAAGACUCUUCACCCGGAUUGUUGGGUCAAAACCACCACCACCACCAUCAUCAUCGUCAUCAUCACCACCACCAUCAUCACCAACACCACAACCAUCGGACCUCCACAAACAGGCAGAAGGUGGUUGCUGGAAGGCAGUUGAGCCGACUGUCUCGGGUCUUUGGUGGGCUGCCACUCCUGCAGUUCGAGGUUAGGAAGGAACGGGUGACAGGCAUGUCUGCACCUGAGCACUGCGGUGAUGGAGGAGGAGUGUCGGGGUCGGGGCAAGAGGCAGAAGGGGACGGAGAGCCACCCCACGAGGCUCCAAUACCCCUGGGCACGGGUGGGUACCAGGGCAGCGAGCAAGACCUGAUGAUGACGGUGGGGCAAGAGGAGGGGGUGCCUAUACCUGCCAAACACCCCCGCAUGGAGGAUGAGGAGGCGGUGGUUGCUUUGGCAGCUUGGGAGUCGACUAGUGGAACACCAGCAGCAGACUUGGAGGAUGGCGGAGGACAGAAUCACUCUUCCUCAGGAACGGCACAAACCGAUGGUGCCCCACCUGAUGAUCUGUCAGCAAUAAGGGUGGAUGGAGGAGGAGGUGUAACUAAUGGAGGAGCAACAGAAGAAGGAGGUAACGGCGGCGGCGGCGGCGGAGGAGAAGGUGUAGAGAUAGAGUGGCAUCAGAAUGGAGGAGAGGGAGGAAGAGAGGCGGCGGAGCCUGUGGCAGCAGAGGAUCAUGGGAGGGCGGUGGAGGACAGUAGCGACAGCGCUGAAUGUACCCCCAGUGAAGAACGACACUUGGGCCUUGACUUCAGCCAGAACCCUCAGAUGCUGACUGGGUCCUGGGCUGAGUUCACCACCUUUCCCGAGAACUACCUCAAAGGCUGCAAGUGGGCUCCCGAUGGCUCUUGUGUGCUGUCCAACAGUGCAGACAACGUGCUCCGCGUCUACAACCUCCCUCCAGAGCUGUACAGCAACAACUGGGACCUGCUCACAGAGAUGACCCCAGUGUUGCGGAUGGCUGAAGGGGACACCAUAUACGACUACUGCUGGUUCCCCAAGAUGACCUCCAUGGACCCAGACACCUGCUUCAUCGCGAGCAGUAGCCGUGACAACCCGGUGCACAUCUGGGACGCGUUCUACGGUGACCUCCGCGCGACCUUCAGGCCCUACAACCACCUGGACGAGCUGACGGCGGCCCACUCGCUCUGCUUCUCGCCCGACGGGGAGCGCCUCUACUGCGGCUUCGACAAGAUGGUGCGCGUCUUUCACACCGACCGACCCGGACGAGACUGCGAGCAGAGGCCCACCACAGUGAAGAAGCAGGGCCAGGGUGGCAUCAUCAGCUGCCUGGCGUUCAGCCCGUGCCAGUCCCUGUACGCGUGCGGCUCCUACUCGCGCAGCGUGGGCGUCUACUCCUGCCAGGACGGGGAGCUGCUCGCACUGCUGCCCCCCCGCCACCAGGGCGGCGUCACGCACCUCAUGUUCUCACCUGACGGACACUACCUUUACACAGGAGGGAGGAAGGACCAAGAGAUCCUGUGCUGGGACCUGAGGGAUCCAGGCCGAGUGCUCUUCUCCGUCCACAGGAGCGUCAACACCAACCAGCGCAUAUACUUCGACCUCGACCCAACGGGCAGGUUCCUGCUGAGUGGAGACACUGAUGGGAUGGUGUCCGUAUGGGAUACGCUCACCGCUGCCCCCGACGGCCAGGAGGAGGUACUGCAGCCAUAUCUCCAGUUCCGCGCACACAGAGACUGUGCUAAUGGCAUGAGUCUCCAUCCCUCCAUGCCCUUGCUAGUGACCUCUAGUGGCCAACGCCACUUCCUGUGGCCCGGUCACGGCGACAGCGACUCUGGCUCCAGCUCGGGGUCCGAGGACGACAGCGCAGUGAUGCCAUCGGAAAGUGCCGCACCGCCUCAGGACAACGCCCUCACCAUCUGGUGGGCGGGACCUCUGGCCCCCUCCGCCAAUGAGGUCGGAGAAAAAGCUGAGACAACCAAUGAGGGAGAAGAGAUGGUGGUGGCUUGAGUUUCUGUGUGCAUACCUGUGUAUUGUACAUAGACACACACACACACGUACUGACCUAACUUUCUGUGCACACACACACAUUUAUACAACUUGCCCUUGCUAUUGGCUUCAAUCGGGUGUCAUCCUACACACACACACACAUACACACACACACUCACACACUUGAUCUCACAAAUUUAACCAAAUCUGCUCCACUGCCAUUUUCAAAGCUGUGCAUUAGGCUAUUAGGUGCGUUUAAAACUGUCCUUUGUGGGUGAUUGUGAAAUUAAGUGUACUUGCCGCUCACAGCAAAACCAUUUUUGCCAAACUUAUACUCCUCUCUCUCCUUUCCCCAUUUCUCUUUUGUGAGACUAGUUAGGGCUGGUCAUAUUUGAUGUGACUAUACUUUCACUUUUUCACAGCAAUUUGCAAUUUUCUUUUUUAAGAAUAAUAAUGAUAGAUGUACAUCAUUUUAAGACAGGCUAAACUCGAAAAGUGUGUCUGCUAUUGUAAAUGUGUGUGGUGACAAAGUUGUCUGUGGCAAGUGUGUAUUAAAAUAGUUUCUUUGUG